AAUUCUCUGUUAAGUUCCCAAAAAAGUGAAAUAGAAUGGAAACGGCAGGGGAUAACACAAGCAGGACCUUUAUGGAAUUGAUGCGAGUGCCAGUACAGUUUUACAGGUCCAUAGGAGAGGAUAUCUACGCACAUCGAUCCACGAAUCCCCUAAAAUCGCUUCUCUUUAAGAUCUAUCUAUAUGCGGGAUUUAUAAAUUUCAAUCUGCUGAUGAUCGGUGAACUGGUAUUCUUCUACAAAUCGAUUCAGGACUUUGACACCAUUCGAAUGGCCAUUGCCGUGGCUCCAUGUAUUGGAUUUUCUCUGGUGGCCGAUUUUAAACAUGCUGCCAUGAUUAGAGGCAAGAAAACACUAAUAUUGCUGCUCGAUGACUUAGAGAUCAUGCAUCCAAAAACCCUGGCAAAGCAGAAGGAAUAUAAAUUGGCGGACUUUGAAAAGACCAUGAAGCGUGUGAUCAAUAUAUUCACCUUCCUCUGCUUGGCCUAUACGACUACGUUCUCCUUUUAUCCGGCCAUCAAGGCCACCGUGAAAUUUAAUUUCUUGGGCUACGACACCUUUGAUCGUAAUUUUGGUUUCCUCAUCUGGUUUCCAUUCGAUGCCACGAAGAAUAAUUUGAUCUACUGGAUCACCUACUGGGAUAUAGCCCAUGGGGCCUAUCUAGCGGGUAUUGCAUUUCUCUGCGCCGAUCUCCUGCUCGUCGUAGUCAUUACCCAGAUUUGUAUGCACUUCAAAUAUAUAUCAAUGCGAUUGGAGGAUCAUCCAUGUAAUUCGAAUGAGGACAAAGAAAAUAUUGAGUUCCUUAUCGGCAUUAUCAGAUACCACGACAAGUGCCUUAAACUCUGCGAACACGUCAACGAUCUUUAUAGUUUCUCUUUGCUGCUUAAUUUCCUUAUGGCUUCUAUGCAGAUUUGCUUCAUAGCCUUUCAGGUCACCGAAUCUACAGCGGAAGUGAUUAUUAUUUACUGUAUUUUUUUGAUGACCUCUAUGGUUCAGGUAUUUAUGGUGUGCUACUAUGGAGACUCUUUAAUUCUCGCGAGUCUGAAAGUGGGAGAUGCCGCUUACAAUCAAAAGUGGUUUCAGUGCAGCAAAUCCUAUUGCACCAUGUUGAAGUUAUUAAUCAUGAGAAGUCAGAAGCCAGCUUCAAUAAGACCGCCGACUUUUCCUCCCAUAUCUUUGGUUACCUAUAUGAAGGUUAUCAGCAUGUCGUAUCAAUUUUUUGCCUUGCUUAGAACCACAUACAGCAAUAAUUGAAUUUGUAA